AUGCCGGCUACAACCGCUGCAAGUUCAGCUGGAGGCCACAUGGUGCCACAGAUUGCCUUAGAUGCUGCCCGUGGAGCUCUAAGACCUGAUGUCUCCUCUGCUGGAUUUUGGUUGUCAUCCGGGGUGUCUCGCGUGGCGGGGUGGGAGACAGCUCCGCGCCCGCUGCGGUUGCGCUCGGCGGAAAGUUCGCUCUGUUCCGGACCCUUCGCCGAUCUGCGGCUUUGCCUGCAGAAGCCCCAGCUGGUGACGGGAGGCGAAAGUUUCAGCCGCUUUCUCCAGGAGCACUGUCCCGUGGUGACCGAAACUUACUACCCGACCGUGUGGUGCUGGGAGAGCCGGGGACAGACGCUGCUGAGACCCUUCAUUACGGCCAAGCCCCCGGUGCAGUACAGAAACGAACUUAUUAAAACUGCAGAUGGAGGACAGAUUUCCCUGGACUGGUUUGAUAAUGAUAGCAGUACACGUUACACAGACGCCAGCACCAGACCCACUAUUUUACUGCUGCCUGGCCUCACUGGAACCAGCAAGGAAUCAUAUAUCCUUCACAUGAUCCAUCUCAGUGAACACUUAGGAUACAGAUGUGUGGUUUUUAAUAACAGAGGAGUGGCAGGAGAGAAUCUCUUGACACCGCGGACUUACUGCUGCGCCAACACUGAAGACCUGGAGACGGUGAUUCACCACGUGCACAGCCUGUUCCCCUCUGCUCCUUUCCUGGCGGCAGGGGUCUCCAUGGGAGGAAUGCUGCUUCUAAAUUACCUGGGCAGGACCGGGGCGCAGACCCCGCUGAUGGCGGCGGCCACCUUCUCGGUGGGCUGGAACACUUUCGCGUGCUCGGAGUCCCUGGAGAAGCCGCUGAACUGGCUGCUCUUCAAUUACUACCUGACGACUUGCCUGCAGUCCUCGGUUAACAAGCACCGGCAUAUGUUUGUAAAACAAAUUGAUAUGGACCAUGUCAUGAAGGCUAAAUCUAUCAGAGAGUUCGAUAAGCGCUUCACUUCCGUCAUGUUUGGCUACCGAACAAUCGACGAUUAUUACACUGACGCCAGCCCCAGUCGCAGGCUGAACUCGGUUGGAAUUCCAGUGCUGUGCCUCAAUUCUGCCGAUGACGUCUUCUCUCCCAGCCAUGCUAUCCCCGUAGAGACUGCCAAGCAGAACCCUAACGUCGCCCUGGUCCUCACCUCUCACGGAGGCCACAUUGGCUUUCUGGAGGGGCUCUGGCCCAGGCAGUGCACCUACAUGGACCGCGUCUUCAAGCAGUUCGUUCAGGCCAUGGUGGAGCACGGGCACGAGCUGGCGCGCACGUAGCCUCGGGCCCUCCGGCCGUGGCCACGGGCCCAGCGAGAGGACCAGGACAGGGCGUGGAGAUGCCUCCUUAGGGAACAAAAUGACCUUGUAGCAAGACAUCAAGCAUAGAUUAGAUUGUUACUUACGUAGAUUUUAUUUUUCCUAUGCCUUACCAAGUAUGACCUUAAAUGAAGUAGUCCUUCUGUGAUGUGGAGUUGCACUUAACCAAAACCAGUGUAAACAGAGUUUAAUUCCUCAGGGUUGUAAUUUAGGCUAAUAUUUUUUAGAGGACUCAUUUUAGCUGACUUAUGUGCAGUACUUUACUAAGGCGUAAGAGACCAGGGUUGUAUGAGUGCAGGGUUAAGAGGGCACAGGAUAGCAGGAAGCCAGAUACAAUUCACUGAGCCAGAAGGGAAGUGCACAGUGUUAGGCCGACUUCCGCACGUGCUCUGUUACUCCAGUGAUGUUAAAGUAGGGCUGAUUUGUGUUUUAUAACGGUCAUGAUUUACAAGCUUAUUUUUAAAAUAGUAUGUGUGCACAUAUAUAUCAUUAUAUUGAAAUAAAUU